UCAAAAGCGAUAGUAGACACGAGAUAGAGCAGAGCCUCACUUGUUCCGACCCUGUAAUAAACAUGAGUCAGGAGAAAAUUAAACGAAUAACUGAUGCAGUUUCCGUCCAUCCCGAUUUUCCUAAACCAGGAAUCGUAUUCAUGAAUAUAUUUCCCGUAUUACACGACCCGUCACUGUUUAAGGACCUGAUUGAUGUGAUGAUAGAGAGUGUGCGGACCAAUGCUGCCGGCGCCCAGCUGAUAGUGGGACUAGACGCUCGUGGCUUCCUGUUUGGACCAAUGAUUGCCCAGGCCCUGGGAAUUGGGUUCUCUCCAAUACGCAAGGCUGGGAAACUACCAGGGGAGACACACAGCGUAACAUACAAACUGGAAUAUGGCCAGGAUACCUUUGAUAUCGAAAAAAAUGCUGUGAGUCCAGGAGAAAAGGUUGUGAUUGUAGAUGACCUUCUAGCAACUGGAGGUACAAUGAAGGCCGCAUGUGACUUGGUGUGUAAGGCUGGAGGCGAGGUCCUGCAGUGUCUCGUCAUCAUGGAACUGGAGGAUUUACGGGGACAGGAUAAAGUGGCCAUGCCUGUGACAACACUCAUCAAAUACUGAUCAGUCCUCUACACACUGCCUUAUAACCAUAUGCUUCUAUGUGAUUUACCUUAAGUUAAACAGAUACAUGUAUGGACAAUGAAACCUGUCUAAUCUGACACCCUAUGAGAUCCGAAGAAAUGGUUGUAACAAACAGAAUGUCAGAAUACACAGGUUUGGUUGGUUUACAGCUCACCAGUUAAAAGUAACAGUGAGCUGAUGCUGUACUCAAGAUUUUUAUAUUUUUGUGUUCAUCUUUAAAAUAUAUUUUCGGUUUGUGUCCUUGAAAAAUGUAUCCAAGUCCAAUUAUUGUGUAACAGAAGCUAUUAUUUUUCAUUGCCUCUGCUAUGGAUCAAACCCAAGUCCUACGGUUUACUGGUCUAAUACUACUCUACUGAUUGAACUAAACAGAAAUUCUCAUUGGCCUAGUUUGUGGAUAGCGUCAAGUAUUUUACCAGGUUGUUGUAUUCCUCUCCAGGGAAGAUUCAAGAACUUGCCCGGAGUGUUUCCAGGAGUAACAGCGAGGCUUUUGAGAGAAAGGCUAGCCCGUAUAGAAAAGGCUACCUAAAAGCACAUGUGCUGCACAUGAGCUUCACAUGAGAAGCACAUGAGAUUGGUGUUAGCAUCAUAUGCAAAUGAGGUGAGCCACAUGAGCUUUACGUUAGCUGAGGUGAGCCGUGUCUUAGCACACCUGGUUUGCACAUGAGCUUUCUGUAAACUAACCAAAGCUCAUAUGGCUUUUGGAAAGCUCAUGUUAUUUAUGUGAGCUAUUCGGACUUAGGAAAAGUUAAUGCUUAUGUGACUCAUGGUAGAAAAAUUUGAAAAACAACUAAGUCCAUUUAGCACAUGUGAAAUUUCAUGUGAGCUAUUUGGACAAGGCUGUUGUAAGAUAUUAUAGUGCUUAGUAUGAUGUACAUGUAAUUGAAUGUUGCAAUUAUUUUACCAUUCUUGGGAAGAAAUUAUUUUGGACCUCGAAAUGGAGUUCUGUGUUACAUAUUUAAAUGCUUUUAACUCCUUAAGUUUUCAUCCGCAAAACUGCCCAUUUCAUAUAUAUGUAUGCAUACAUUUGGGGUUUCGUCGGUAUAUCCCGACAAUUAAAAAUAUAUUGUAAUAUUGUACAGAAGGAUGUAAUUAUUGGACCAUUUUGCAUAGAUUCUCACUCUUUCUAACUUCUACAAGUUUUGUCAGAGUACGUGGGAUCUACACUUUCUAUACUAUUUACAGGUGAUUUAUUUUCCAUGUGCAGAAAAUGUUUUGUUUGAGUCUUCUAAUUCUACAUGAUUUUAAUUUUCACAUAUUAUAUUUUUAACAGUGCGUUCGUGUGUUCAUGCAUGUACAUGUAUGUUGUAAGUGAAGAUUUCAAUAUUGACCUUUUUUUUUGAAAAGGGAAAAGUCCCAUUAUACCUGCUUGUUAAGUGAGAUCCUAGAUUCAGGAUUUUUUUUUGCACUGACAUAAGCAAAUACCUUGUUUUCUAUAAAGGUCUUUUUUCUAAACUGUUUUUACAAAAUUUAGUUGUAAACAACAAUGCAUACUUAAUUUAUCUUCAAUGAAAAAAGAUGAUCUGUUUCUACAUUAAAUCAUUCUAAUUAUGCUUGUCAAGGUAAACUCCCCGUGUACAGAAGACACCAGAGUUUACACAUGUUGAGGAUGAUAUUUUAAUGGAAUACUGUAAAUGUUAUUCCUGGUUUUAAUCUUCAGAUGUUUUCAUGGAAGAUUUUGUAACCUUUUAUUUACAUUUCCACUGCCUUAAUAUUAUGUUAUGAAGUAACUAAAUUCCUAUUGCAAUCAUGACACUAUGAAUACACUUGAAUUUGUCUUUUUGUGAUUUUGAUGUCAUUUACAGCAUUUUAACCCUUUCACCUCCUAUGUAACUUUAGAAGACUCUCCCAUGCAUUGAUAUGGAUGAGUCCAUUAUGGUCUACAGUGGUGAAAGGGUUAAGUGUGACAUUUUAGAUUACCUGUCAGUAUCUGUUCUAUUUUUAAUUGAAUUAACAUGCUCAAUAUUUUAACUCUGUUUGGAAAAAUGAGGAAAUAUUUUAUGAGUGAGGGUUAGCAAUUCUUUACAGGAAUGAUGUCAUAUAAGGAACAAAGAGCAUAACUCCCCUUCUCAAACUGACGUUGUGUGCCGAUUUGUUAGCAUGACCUUUCAUCCAUUUCAUUCCUUAUUUGAAACAUUUUAAAAUAUAUUAAGGCACUAAGAAUGAACUCAACUAUUUGGCAAACAGUUCUAGAGUAACUUUUGCCAAAUGUUUUCAUCGAGGGGCAUUUUGCAAUUUUUCAUAAUUGAACAAGAAAUAACAAAUCGUGUAGGUAUCAUGUAUUUUAAAAUUCUUCAUCACAGUAUUAUGUAGAAUCUGGAUCAGAACCAAGGAUUUUAAGUAUGAAAAAUUAAAGCAUCUGUCACUCUUUACACAAUAAUUUUAGCUUAUAGAUACAUGAACUUUUGUUUCAAUGUAUCCAGCUGGUGCAUAUAUUCCAACAUCAAAGGUUCAAUAACAGUAUAACUAGCUUUCAAUGAAAUAAAAUUAUAAUUUUGAAUUAUUUUCACUUAGAAGAUAUACAUUUUUUGUUAUUAAUUGAAAUAAAGUAGGUUUUUUUCAGAAGUACACGUACAGUACAAGAUGAAGGAUAUUUCACAAUAAACAGAAAAAAGCGUUGUUGUUGUAUUGUUCUGAUAUGUUCCGAUGUCUACUACAAUAGUUUACCGGUGAUAAGCCCAUAUCUGGGAAUAAGCCCACCCCACUUUUUCUUACUUUCCUGCAUAGGAUCGGUGCACGGUAAUAAGCCCACCCCAAUUUUUCUUACUUUUCAGCAUAGGAUUGGUGCACGGUAAUAAGCCCAACCCACAUUUCUGAAGUUCGUAAUUGUCUCUUAAAAGAAUAUUGUACAAUACAUGUGUUAAGCUAACCAGCAGGUAAUCUUGAUUGGAAAACAACAGCUUGAUUAAGUUCACUGCCAGUGAGUUAAACCUGGACAUCAAAAAAGUACCUGGUGAUGAUGUAGUCUGAUAGAGAUUUAAACCACAUAUUUGCAUAUUCCUUUAAUGUGUGUAUCAAGCAGAAAACAUAGUUUUAGCAUAUAACUGACUUUGAUAUUAUCAAGAAAACAUUUUUUAUCAAGUAAAUCAAAAACAAACAGUGGAGACAUAGCUUAGUUUUAUUUAACUCAUUCACCCCCAAACUUUUAUAAUGAACUAUUCCAACCUUUGAAUUGGAAGAGUUCAAAUGUGUCUUCAGGGGUGAAUGUGUUAAUGUGCCGAUUCCUAUCAUUAAUUUGCCAUGGAAUAAAAACUUGUAUUAUAUAAUUAAAAUAAAUCACUGAAUAUUAUAUCUCUCUAGAACUUUCUCCUAUCUUAGGGAUCUUCAGGGGAUUUGAGGUCAUUUGAGCGUAUCCAAUAUGCUCCUUUUCUUUUUUCAUAUAUAUUUUAUUGACACAUUUAGCGCUUACGUACGAUCAUUGUACGUCACAAUUUACAGACAUCCAUAUUACGUGUGCUUUAUUUCAAAUUGCCUGUGGAGCCCGAAGUUGGGUGAACGUAUUAGCGUCAUAUAGCCUAGUGUUUCGUUUUAACUCUAUUUCUAUGAUGGACUCAAUAUAGUCGAUAGGUUUGAAAUUUCCUUAAAAGUAGCAAGCUGUUGAGAAGUUGAUGUCUGGGUACAGAUCUACAGACAGCCUUUUGACAUCAACAGUGUGCCUUCCAGAUUAUCACAGUUUUCUGCCGAAUGGUUAUUAAAACAGUAGCUGUGUUAUGUACCUGUACAAAUUAUUAGAUUCAUAGAGGAAGAUUUACCGUUAAAUACCAUAUAUUUCACAGGAAUGGUAGCUAGAACACCAUAUUUUUCACAUGUAUGAAGCAGGAGUGAAAAUGUAAUGUAGAUGUAUGUACCUUAAAGUCUAUUAGAUCAAAAAUGAAUUGAAUGUUCAAACACAACAACUUGGAGCAAAUCAAGUCUUCUAAAAUACAGACUUUCCUGCCGCUUUUUCUCCAGUUUUGCUAUAAAUUACCACUCACUUGAGGGUUGUUCAAAAGACAAAGCGAGUAGCAAUCAAGGGAUAAUGACAUUUUUAUUACCUAGUCAUAUCAGUUAUCACAAAAGUCCUGUGGAUUUACAACACAUACUAUUCAAUGUAUCAAUGCACACAUCUUGCACCAAAAGAGGCUUGUUAUCUUGAUGUGAAAAUAUCUACAUAUUUACACAUAUCACUGGAAAAAGGGCAGAAUCAACUCCCUUACAAAAACUUUUAUAACGGCUAAUUUUGAAAAAAAAAAA